AUGGGGCAAAUGAAGGCCCUAUUUGAUGCGAUCGAUCAAGAAUCCAUUACCAAGAAUAUGAUUACAUCACGAAUAACAGCGCUUAAUCGUGUGUGGGACGAAGCUCGAACUGUCCAUGCUGAUAUCGUCGUGCGCGAAGAUGCUGAGUCGGACCCUUAUGUCGCUACGAAAAAAUUUACUUUACAACAGAGCAUUUACGAGGGUUACCUCGACGAGUUACUGACAGUCCUCACUGGUUUAGAAGAGGCCGAAGGAUCAAAUCGCCCCCCACGGAACGACCCCAACGUAUCAGUUAACAUCGACCCUCAAUUAGGAAAAUUACCAAAGCUUGCCCUUCCGUCUUUUUCGGGGAAGUACGAAGAUUGGGAAAGUUUCUUGGGCCUGUUUGUAUCUCUCGUUCAUGAAAUCGAUUACAUUCCUGAUGUCAAUAAGUUACAGUAUCUCAAGUCAUGCCUUACUGGAGUUGCUGCGAAUCUCGUAAAGGACGUGACACUCAAAGGGGACAACUACGCUCCUACUUGGGCAGCCUUGCAGAAGCGCUUUUGCAACCUGCGCUUAACAAUAAAUAAUCUCUUGAACGCGCUAUAUGCCGUACCGCACUUGACUCGAGAGUCUGCCGCGGGCUUACGGUCAUUCUCCGAUGAAUCGCAGAGAAUUGUGAGAGCCUUGGAGAAUUUGAAGAUGCCGGUGAAGCACUGGAAUGUUUGGCUGGUUCACCUCCUUUCCAGCCGGUUAGACCUUGUCUCACGUAAGGUAUGGGAGUUGGAAUUGAGCGUCAGGGAUCGUCGGACGGUGACUAGGGCUGGCGAUAACCUCCCAAGUAAUCUGGAUAGAUUUUCCACCUUUAACGAGUUCGUCGAUUUUUUAGAAAAUCGGAUCCAAGGACUGUCCAUGUUAGGGGCGGAACCUGGCCUAGAAGGAAAAACAAACGCGGUUAAGGCCAGCAUCGUUCCUCGCAAGGCGCACUUUUCUCAGAAAAUAAAUAAAACCCAUAGUCCGAGCUGUCCGGUCUGCUCGAGCGUCCAUCCAAUCUGGAAGUGCAACCAUCAUUUUGACGCGUGUAAAUCUCUUGUUCGAUGCGUAACGUGUAAGGAGAAGCAUCACACCCUUCUCCAUAAAGACCCUCCAAGGCACUUCGACUCCAAUCGACCAUUGCCAGAGGGCAAACCUUCCUACUCUGCCACAGGGGGCUCUGGAUUCAAAGCAAAUACCUUUACAACGAGCCUCCCAAUGGUAAACUCUCUUGUGAUCCUAGCCACUGCCCAGGUUGACGUUACCGGCCCUAAUGGACACACUUCGAGGGCUAGAGCCUUGUUAGAUCAAGGAGCCGAAACCUCCUUCGUGGCGCUUCAAGGGGUGGGAGAUUCGCAAGCAGCAGUAGCCAGGGCUCUUGUGACGGUCAAGAUUCGAUCCACCGUUUCUCCCAGUUUCCACCUUGAUGUUCCGGCGUUGGUUCUUCCUCGCCUCACGUCUUAUAUUCCAGAACAGGACCUCCCUGAACUACCCCCUCAGGUUCUGGAUGGACUAGAUUUAGCAGACCCGAUGUUUAUGCGCAAGGGAAUUAUAGAUCUCAUCCUCGGAGCCGAUGUCUACGGCAGGCUGCUAAGGUCGGGCCUUAGGAGAGCUCCGCCCACAAGUUUAACCGCUCAAAACACUAGCCUGGGAUGGAUCAUAUCGGGUCCCGUACGACCUAUUGCGGCAAGGCGGGCAGCGCUAAUCUCCGUCGACCGUGUCCAAGCCCUGCAUGCUACUUAUGAGGAUAACUUGAGCAAUCUGUUACAGAAGUUUUGGCUGGUUGAAGGGUUUUCCGAAGCUCAUCAGUCUGGGAAGCCCGAGGACGAAAAUUGUGAACACCAAUAUCAGACCACCCAUUCACGAGACAUCGAAGGUCGUUACACUGUGCAACUGCCCCUGAGAGAGGGGAUUCCCCCUCUAGGUAGAGAAACCAGGAAAACAGCGAUUACCGCUCUGUCAAGUCUGCAUCGGCGAUUCACUAAGGACCCAUGGUUGUCCGCCCAAUAUAGAGAAUUUAUGGAAUGUUACGAAGCCCUUGGUCACAUGACUCGCAUAUCAUCCACUGAGAUUGGCGAUUCACAGGCUUGGUACCUUCCUCACCAGGCUGUAGUGACUGGAUCCAACGCUCACCGGAAAGUUCGGGUAGUUUUUGAUGCGGCUAGGAAAACGCACAAUCACUGUCUGAACGACCACCUGCUCCCAGGCCCCCCUUUGCAGACCGACCUUUCGCUUCUGCUGCUCGAUUGGCGUAGGUAUCAAUUCGUAUUCACAGCCGAUAUAGUAAAAAUGUUUCGGCAGAUUUGGGUUAACCGCGCUAAUCAAGAUCAACAGCGGAUCGUGUGGUCCCCGGAUCAGGAAAGUAGUCCCAUCGAUUAUCGACUUACUACGGUGACAUACGGUACGAAUUGUGCGCCGUUCUUGGCUAUACGUACCCUGUUACAACUUGCUGAUGACGAGAUUUCCAGGUUUCCCCUCGGAGCUAAGAUUUUAAAAGAAAACGUUUACAUGGACGAUAUGUUUGUCGGGGACGAUACUCUCUCUGGAGCCAAAAAUAAAAGGAACGAGCUAAUCUCAAUAUUAAAAUCCGCAGGCAUGGCAUUGGAUAAAUGGGCCGCAAAUCAGACCGAGUUGCUCCCGCGAGAUGCAGUCGUUCAAAUCGACGAGAGCCAAACCGUAAAGACCCUAGGGCUACGGUGGAAUCCAGUGAAGGACGAGUUCAAGUUUAACCUCAACCUUUUUGAAGCAACGAUGGGAAGCAUCACGAAACGUCACAUACUAGCCCAAAUUGCCCGAUUGUAUGACCCCUUCGGAUGGGUAUCCCCGGUAAUUAUUGAAGCUAAAAUACUAAUGCAAGAUCUCCGGGUACUCCGAUGCGAGUGGGACGACCCGGUCCCGGCCGAGAUCCGUAACAGAUGGAAUGCCUAUAUCAGCUCUAUCUCUGACCUAUCGGACUUAACUAUCCCUCAAUGGGUUGGGACCUCUUCAGGGCAAGAAUAUGAGCUACAUGGUUUUUCCGAUGCAUCAAAGAGAGGGUACGCCGCCGUAGUGUAUCUAAGAGUGACUACGGGGGAAUGCCGAUGUCAUACCCACUUGUUAAUGUCCAAAACCAAGGUCGCCCCCUUGAAAACUAUUAGCAUUCCUAAUCUUGAAUUGUGCGCAGCAACUCUUCUCGUCUCGCUUGUUCAGCACCUCAAAAAAUCUCGCUUUUUCCAACAGCUGAAGGUCUACGCCUGGACUGAUAGUCAGAUAGUUUUGGAUUGCUUGAAUAAGCAUCCCCGCCAGUGGAAGACCUUUGUUGCAAACAGGGUGGCGUUUAUUCAAACGGAGCUUCCGGCUGCCACUUGGUCCCACGUCCCGUCCAAGGAAAAUGCCGCUGACAUAGCUUCGCGGGGCUGUAAGCCCACUGAAUUAACCAAUUUUCGACAAUGGUGGUUCGGUCCGAGUUGGCUCGAUCAAGAUCGGGAGCUUUGGCCGCCAAAGGCUGGACAAGUGCGCGUGCUGACCACCCGACCAACUCCUCCGGCCCCUCCUGAAUCGGAUAUACUCACCAGGUUCUCUACCCUGACACGGUUAGUUCGAGUCCUAGCGUACUGCUUACGGCCUUUGAAACUGCUUCGACUAAGAAAGUCCGCUCUCCCCCCUUUACCGGCAUUUCUGACGGCAGCGAAGUUAUUACAGGCCAGAGCCUCAGCCAUACUGCUUUCACAAGCGCAUUUUUUCAAGUAUGAACUACUAACGCUGUCGCGCGGCGAUCACUUGCCCAAGAACCACUUCUUGAGCAAACUAAACCCCGUUUACGAUCACGACUUGGGCAUCCUGCGGGUAGGUGGGCGUCUUGAACAUGCGCCUCUGCCAGUUAAUAGGAAAUAUCCCCCAAUCGUAGCGGGUCGCUCUGCUCUAGCUCGUCUCUUCGAUAGGCAUGCUCACCAUACCUGCCUUCACGGAGGGCCCACCUUGACUUCUAGCACCAUCUCUCAGAUGAUCUGGGUGACAGAUAGGAGUCGGUUAGUAAAGUCCGAGGUUCGACAUUGUAUUACGUGUCAGAAGGUAAAACCACGUCUUAUUCACCAGAUGAUGGGAGAUCUUCCGAGUGACCGUGUAACGGCGGCCCGUCCUUUCCGGAACGCCGGUUUAGAUUACGCGGGCCCUGUUUCAGUACGACCCAGCAAGAUACGGGGAAACUGUACUUCAAAAGGGUACAUAGUCCUCUUUGUGUGUUUCGCUACCAAAGCAGUGCAUCUCGAGCUCGUGAGUGAUCUUACGUCCAUCAGUUUUGUUUCUGCCUUCCGUCGGUUUGUCAGUCAAAGAGGUCGCUGUCAGCGGCUUUACAGUGAUAACGCCACGACUUUCCAUGGGGCAGACAAGGACUUAAGGGCAAUGUUCCACAGAGCAUCGGAAUUCUAUCGGGCAUCGGCGGAGGCAUUGGCCAACGACGGCACCACCUGGUCUUUUAUUCCCGCCAGCUCCCCUCAUUGCGGAGGUCUCUGGGAAGCAGGGGUAAAGUCCACUAAACACCACCUUAAGCGAACUAUAGGGGAACACGUACUUACCUAUGAGGAGUUAUACACGCUCCUGACCGAGAUUGAAUCGUGCCUCAAUUCUCGUCCGUUAACCCCACUCAGUGUCGACGCAACCGAUCUACAUGCCUUAACCCUAGCGCAUUUCCUAAUAGGGGAAGCUUCGAUCCUCGUUCCCGACGAGGAUCAACCUGAUCUGCCGCAGAACCGCCUUACUCGGUUCCAGCUAGUCCAGCGGUUGAAAAACGUCUUCUGGAAACGCUGGUCCGACGAGUACUUACAGCAGCUACAGGAGCGCAAUAAAUGGAGGUCAGCAACGGAAAAUAUGGCAGUCGGCAAUAUGGUCCUAGUCCGUGACGAGCGCUACCCACCAUCGAAAUGGCCCUUGGGCCGAAUUAUUGAAAUCCACCCAGGUCCGGAUAACCUCGUUCGAGUUGUUUCCGUCAGAACAUCCACGGGUAUUUUCAGAAGACAUGAGUCUCGCCACUGUCCACUGCGGAUGGAGGGUACCGAAGACCGUACCUCAUCAAAUAACAUUGUAAAUUAA